CACCCCCUCCGCUAAGCCCCGCCUCUCCUCGGAAGCCUCGCGAGAUCUGCGUGGCGGCGGCGGGGCGAUGUGCGGGGCGUGCGUGGGCACGGAGUACCCGGAGCGGGGCACCACCUGCCUGGAGGGCGGCUCCUUCCUCCUCAACUUCGUGGGGUGCGCGCAGUGCGGGCGCCGGGACUUCGUGCUGCUCGGCAAUCGGGCCGCCGGCCUGCAUGGCGGGGACGAGAUCGUCACCUACGACCACCUCUGCAAGAACUGCCACCACCUGAUCGCACGACACGAGUACACCUUCAGUGUGGUGGAUGACUACCAGGAGUACACCAUGCUGUGCCUGCUCUGCGGCCGGGCGGAGGACUCCAUCAGCAUCCUUCCCGACGACCCUCGCCAGAUGACCCCGCUCUUCUAAAGCCGCUUUGUAUCCCGCCUGGAUGUGGUGGAUGCCUGAUGCCGGAUGCUCCCGCGCUCCCGGCAGUGGCUCAGCCCUGCAGCCCUGAUCCCCGCUGUGGGGACGGGGUGGAACACCACAGCCUGAGCCCCUCCACUGUGUGCUGAAGACAUGAAGGGGGUCCAGCAUCUCAUCACCCCAAAAAGGGGUCCGAAAGGAUGCCUGUCCCAUCCUGCCUCAGGAGCCCACGUGUGUGGGGGCAAUAAAUGUGAUGUGUUACA